AUGGCGCAGAAAGUAAUCACUGUCUUUGGUGCGACAGGCAACCAAGGAGGUAGCACAGCCGCGGCCAUUUUCAACAACCCAGCGCUGUCGGCAAAGUACAAAGUGAGAGCCAUCACGCGCGACCCGACCAAGCGAGGAGCUCAGGCUCUUGCCGCAAAGGGCGCGGAGCUCGCAAAGGCAGACUUGAACGACAUCGACAGCGUCCGCUCUGCCAUCGCCGGGUCAUAUGGCGUGUUUGCCGUCACAAACUACUGGGAAACCAUGUCCAAGACGGUCGAAUACCAACAGGGGAAAAACAUCGUCGACGCCUGCAAGGACGAAGGCAUCAAGCAUCUCAUCUGGUCGGGCCUCCCGAACGUGACUAAGCUGACAAACGGUGAAUUGACCAUGGUGGAGCAUUUUGACUCCAAGGCCGAAGUGGCCGAGUACGCAGAGCAGACCAAAGGUGACAUGCUCGUGUCGUACUUCAUGCCCGGCUACUUCAUGUCCAACCUGCCUGGACAGUUCCGGCCGGACAGCGAGAGCGGUGUCGUCACGCUCAGCCAGCCCUGGAAGCCCUCCGAGACUUGGAUCCCAAUCCUGGACAUCCAGAAAGAUACGGGGUCCUAUACCGUCGGGCUGCUUGAAGCCGGGGCCCAAGCUAACGGCGUCUUUGUCCAAGGCGUCAGCGAGUGGGUGCAUCCAAAAGAUAUCACCGAUCAACUGUCGCAACUCACGGGGCGUGAGGUCCAGUUUGUUGAACAACCGGCAAGUGUCGAAUCUGCGGCGAAACUGGGCAACAAGAUCGCCGAGGAGUUGACGCAGAACAUGAUCCUGAUCAGAGACUACAGUUACUUUGGCAAGGGUGCGCACGAGAAGCAGGCACAGAGCGAUAAGUUCUUGGUCGAGGGUGCGCAGAAGAAUACUUGGAAGAAGUUUGCUCAAGGUAUCGACUGGCAAUGGUAG